UGACUGGUACAGCCAGAACAGACCAACUUCCAAAAGUAUCGUCAGCUCUUACACAAUCUAGAAGUGAUGCAACAUAUUUCUUAGUUUGGCUGUCAGAUAGAGGAUGGUUUGAAAGAGAGCUGGAUGGGGGAUGGGCAUUCAACAUUAUGGCCAAUUCAGAAAUAUUUCCUCCCUAUAAUUAACAGCUGUAUCUCUGUGUAGCCUAUCAGAUUCCAAGAUGCAUCCCCAUCUAAAUGAAAAUAACGCGCGUGAUUUCGCUAAUCCUUAUCUGUCCUUUUUAUCUGCUGGACUCGUAGCAGUCAGAUCACUAUGGGACUGCGACGAUGACAUGCUGGUUAUUUUUUCCCAUAAUUGCAAGUGGGUGGUUUUUCAUUAAAACUACGUUCGGCGGUGUUUUGUUGACAUGAGUAGCGAAAUGUCUCUUACUGUCCUUUUGGGUCUCCUACUGGCAUCUGGUGGCUUUCCACUUGUUCGGAGCACCUGUCCUUCCCAAUGCAGCUGCUUUUAUCAUAACCUGAGUGAUGGAUCAAGAGCCAGGAGCGUGAUUUGCAACGAUCCCGAGAUUUCCCUGUUGCCCGCCACGUUCCCAGGUGACACCUCGAAACUUCGGAUUGAAAAGACUGCCAUCAAGAGGAUUCCGAGCGAGGCUUUUAGUUACCUCUCUAACUUAGAAUUCCUUUGGAUGUCUUUUAACGUUUUGUCCUCUCUCAACUCGGACAGUUUUCAGGGUUUGUACAGUUUAGAGGAACUAAGGCUCGAUGGAAAUUCGCUCACUUCGUUUCCGUGGGAAUCCCUCAUGGACAUGCCCAGUCUGAGGCUACUCGAUAUACACAACAACCAGCUCUCCUCAGUAUCGUCUGAGGCUGCUCCCUACAUAAAAAAUUUAACCUACCUGGAUUUAUCUAGCAAUAAUCUGCUGACAGUGCCAUCUGAGGUCCUCAAUACUUGGUUGACAGUCAAACACAUCCAGGGAGCAGAAAGUUCAAAAAUUAUUCUUGGUCUUCAUGACAACCCUUGGUUGUGCGAUUGUCGAUUAUACGACCUGGUCCAAUUCCAGAAGUCUCCCAGUCUGUCGGUGGCUUUCAUUGACACGAGGCUGAGGUGCGCAGAUCCAGAGAGCCUCUCUGGAGUUCUGUUUAGCGAUGCUGAGCUCCGGCGCUGCCAGGGGCCUCGUGUCCACACGGCCGUAGCCCGGGUGAGAAGCGCAGUGGGCAACAAUGUCUUGCUGCGAUGUGGAACCAUUGGAGUUCCCAUCCCCGAGCUGGCCUGGAGAAGGGCAGAUGGGAAGCCACUGAAUGGGACAGCUCAACUGGAGAAUUUGAAGGAGGGAAUCGUUUGGUCUAUUUUAAGCGUGCCUGCAGUGUCCUAUCGUGACACGGGAAAAUACAUCUGCAAAGCAACAAAUUAUGCAGGGAGUGCAGAAGCUGUCAUUUCUUUGAUCAUAAGUGACGCACCCAAAGCUGAGAAUCUGACUGUGGAUCCAAAAACCAAAGUGAAGUCCAAAAAGCCGAACCCAAUAGUCAAGGCAGCCUAUCAAGAAAAACACAUCGCCACGUAUGUUUCCCCAACUCCCAACAAUGCGCUACCACUCGGUGCCACCGUGAGCUACACAGGCCCAUAUCCAGGUAUGGAAAGCGACCAUGCCGCUAACAGCCGGACGAAUACCCAAACGGCCAGUCCUGACGGGUUCCUAGAGACCAAUCUGAGCAACCUGGCUGCGAACACAUCCUCGCUGCAGCAAGACCCCGACAGGGUUGUGCGCUCUGUGAAAGUGAUUGGCGAUACGGACUACACUGUGUGUCUGAACUGGAGGGCACCAACUGCCAAGAACACGACCGCUUUCAGUGUACUCUACGCUGUGUUUGGCGAGCGGGAUAUGCGCAGAAUUAACGUCAGUCCAGGCAACAACCGGAUCAUCAUCGAGGGACUGGUUCCAAAAACCAAAUACAUCGCCUGCGUGUGUGUCAAGGGGCUGAUCCCCAAAAAGGAGCAGUGUGUAAUCUUCUCAACAGAUGCAGCGGCAAGCGCUAAUGGAACCCAAAAGCUCAUUAAUGUAGUAGUAAUCACGGUUGCCUGCGUGAUAGCCGUGCCUCUGACUGUGAUCGUGUGCUGCGGGGCACUUAAGAGGAAAAUUAAGAAGUUUCUGGGCAAAAAGUCCAAAGACAUUCAGGACUCGUAUGUUACGUUUGAGACUCUGUCUCCCAGCACCAAGGCCAAAGGCUUGGAAGGGGAAUAUCUCAACAGACUGAAUGCAGAGGAGUCCAACAGACUGCUGUCGGCCCGGUCCAGCCUAGACUCGGAGUCCACGGCUAAGAUUGAGGGACAGCCCAACGAAUACUUCUGCUGACAAUAUCCCUCAGCCACAAUUCCACCACGCAGCCAUCACAGUAUCCAGGCCCAGCCGCAGUACCUGAGUGCACAUAAUCUAUACCAGCAGUACAUGACUGACCAUCCGUGAAGAAGCUUCAGGAUACUUAGCAUAAGUAACAAAGUGCAGAAGUGAAGACUUUUAUGUUGUCUUGGUAAAGUUGCUCUUUGUUAAUGUGCUUUUGGACUUGGCUCUAAACUAAGCCUUUGGCUGGUGGUGGGGUUGUGGCUGAGCAAUCCCAGGAACAUGUAGAUAUGGACUUUUACCCCUUCAGACAGUGCUAGGAGGAACUGAUUCAAAGGGAAAUGUUCAAAUGAUUUGUUGUUUAUUUGUA